CAACCUCGCAGAAUUAACCCCUUACCUCCCCUCUCGUAUUCCUGCUCCUCUAUAUAACAUUCCCUUCUCAUUUGCCGCCCUUUGUAUCCCUCUAUAUCUGAUUUUUGAGAUCUAACGCGGAGAGACACAGAUCUGUGUUCUUAACCCAGAGAGCUUCAGCUUCCAUGCCGUGUUUUUCUUCAUUCUAAUUAGCUUAUACUUUGAGUUUAUCUCUCCUUUUUUGGCUUCCCCAAUCAAUCAGAUUCUAAAAGUGCUUUUCUUGUCUUCUUUAUACCAACUAUGUGGAGGUUCAAACCCUUUGCACAAAAAGAAUCAGCAGGGCUUGAAGGCCGUUAUAUUGAUGUUGGCAAUAUUAAGAUUCAGGUCCGUAAUGCUAUUGCUGAGGGAGGUUUUUCCUGUGUUUACUUAGCUCGGGAUGCAGUGCAUGCAUCAAAGCAAUAUGCUUUAAAGCAUAUGAUAUGCAAUGAUGAGGAAUCACUGGAUUUGGCAUUGAAGGAGGUCAAUGUGAUGAAAUCACUCAAAGGGCAUCCCAAUAUUGUCACGCUAUAUUCACAUGCCAUCUUGGAUAUGGGAAGGACCAAGGAAGCACUCCUUGUGAUGGAAUUUUGUGAGAAGUCUCUGGUUAGUGUGUUGGAGAGCCGAGGAUCAGGAUAUUUUGAGGAGAAACAUGUCCUUUCCAUAUUCAGAGAUGCAUGCAAUGCAGUUUUUGCAAUGCAUUCUCAGUCUCCACCUAUCGCUCACAGGGACCUGAAAGCCGAAAAUCUUCUAUUGGGACCUGAUGGACUCUGGAAGCUGUGUGAUUUUGGGAGUACCUCUACCAAUCACAAGCGUUUUGAGAAGCCUGAAGAAAUGGGAAUUGAAGAAGAUAACAUCCGAAAGUAUACAACACCUGCCUAUAGAGCCCCUGAGAUGUGGGAUCUGUUGCGAAGAGAUCUUAUAAGCGAGAAGGUAGACAUAUGGGCCCUUGGCUGUUUGCUCUUUCGUAUAUGCUACUUCAAAAAUGCAUUUGAUGGGGAGUCAAAGUUACAAAUAUUGAAUGGAAAUUAUCGCAUUCCAGACUUACCCAAGUACAGCACACCAGUAAAAGAUUUAAUCAGGGACAUGCUUCAAGCUUCACCAGAUGACAGACCAGACAUCACGCAGGCGUGGUUUCGUGUUAACGAGCAGUUACCAGUUAAUCUGCAGAAGUCAUUGCCUGAUGGAUCACCUGAAAUGCAGCCUACUGGUGUACAUGAAGGUUCAAAACUUGCAAAUAGGUCACAUCCAAUGCCUCGUAGAAGUCCACCACCUCCACCUUCAUCUGGGGGAGGGGGAGGUGGGGGACAACUUGGUGCCUUCUGGUCCUCUCAACAUGCAAAGGACUCAUUCUCUGUUGAAGACAAUAGCAGACCUAAAUUUGAUGAAGAACCUAGCCAUAACACAUCUAGACAGGAUACGUGUGGAAUGGAGAAUCAGACCUUAUCCAAAAAUUCCAGCCCUGCAAAAGAUGAAAAUGCACAAACUUAUGCCACUCGGAGGAGUGUGCAUGGUAAGUCGCAGAUUUCCGAGGAUGGCACUUCCAAGGACUUUGAAAUAAAAUUCUUCCAGAAAGAAUUAGACCAUGGCAUGGAGAGGCUGAAAGCAUCAAAGAAUGAUAGCACGUCUUUAUUUCAAGAUGAGGCUUUUAAUAAUUUUGUUGCUGAAUUUGAUAGCAAUAAGCUGAACUCCAAAGACAGUAAUAGCAAAUCAGUAAAAGAAGAAGAAUUAGAGGCUGAAAUAGAGAGGCUUAGAGAGCAACUGAAGCAAGCAAAUUUCGAGAAGGUGGAAAUGACUUCAAAGUAUGAAAAGCUAUCUUCCAUUUGCCGAUCUCAGAGGCAAGAGAUACAGGAGCUCAAGCAAGCAAUGGCUACUAGAACUCCAUCACCAAAUAAGCAUCAUGCUUCCCCUAAAGUUCAAUCAUCAACAACUCCCAAGGGUUUAUUCCUGGUGCAGCGAGGAGAAUCUGACUGGAGUACCCCAAAUUCAGAGCCCAAGCCAUGGCAAGCAUUUGCAAAGGAUCCCAAGUCACAUCAGCAGCCUCUUUCAAAGGCCAACAGUCCUCAAUCUGUUAGGACACGAAAUGCAAACCAGAAAAUUCAGGUUUCUCAGGCAUCUUCUGAAUUUGAGUCAUGGGGUUUUGGAGCGGAUAGUUUUACAGCUUCUGUUGCUGCCAGCACUCAGAUUUCAGGACCCAGUAAUGAAGGAAAUAGUUCUCAGCACUUUGGUGGGGAGAAGACCGUGGGGAGUCGGCCAGCUACUCAACCCGCUGGAUGGGCUGGUUUCUAGCUCAUGCUAUCUGAGAAGUUACAGUGGAACGCUUUUGUCAGAACCAUGGUAUCUUUACUUUGCAGUCAUGCUUCAAAGAGAUAAGGUAUACAGAGAAAUAAACAAUAUAUGGCUUCAGGGCUUGUCUUGAUGUAUUGAGUGCUUUUGAUUUAUAGAUUUACUUUUGCAAAUAGGACAUGUGCCCAUUAUUCUAUAGACUAAACAGCAGAGUACUUGUGUAUACUUUCCUGCAUGCCUCAAUUAUUAAGUAUUCAAUUUGUCUUUUAAUAUUUUCGUUUUCUGGAGCUCUACUGUUGGCUGUAGAGACAAGUAGAGCGGGUCCAUUUUGGUGCCCUAAGUGUAAUUACUACUUUGAGGAGACUGAAACGUGCAUUUUUCUGGAAACAAAGGCAAGUGUGUGGUGUUGAAUUUGGUAUA